CUCCGCUCCUCCGCUCCGCUGCUCCUCUGCGCACAAACCGUCUCCAGCGGACUUUACGCAGCAGAUACAAAAAGACCCGGAGAUGUUUCUUUGUGAUAUUUUCCUUAUUUUAAAURGAAGUUAAAUAUAAAAUGUUCAUUUUAUGAAUAACUUCUGGCCUUUGAUUCGACUGUAAACCCUGAGGAGACAGAACAUGUGUCGGGUCUGUGGUGCCGCAGCCUCGGAGAGUCCUGGAUUAAAUCCUCCUCAUCCUCAUCCUCAGGAGGAGGAGCURCAGUGAAGCUCUCCUCACCUGCUCUGUGGUCGGACAGGUGAGAAGCACGGUCUUCCCUGCUGGAUGCGAGUUUUGGCACAACACCAGACCCAGAAGAACGCGGCGAUGCUGCGUCCGAUCCGCGUCCUGCUGCUGCUGCUGCACCUGGCCCUGCUGGUUCCGGACUGUCCGGCAGGGCCGAACCGGGUCCGCAAGAAGGCCACCAGGACCUGUUCGGACCUGCCGGAGGAGAUUUUGGAGCAGAUGUUCGGACGGCUGUCUGUGGGUGUGAUGAGCGCGUUUCACCACGCCCUGCAGCUGGAGCCCCGGGUCCAACAGAACCUGAGCUGUCCGACCGGAACCCGGACCCGGACCGACGUCAAGAGCCGCCUCCCGGUCAACCUGCUCAGCAUCUCCCCCUGGGCCUACAGGAUCUCGUACGACCCGAGCAGAUACCCCCGCUCCAUCCCGGAGGCCUACUGCCUGUGUCAGGGCUGCCUGCUCGGCCCGUCCGGGGAGGAGAGCCAGCAACACCGCAGCACUCCGGUCUACGCUCCCUCCGUGGUCCUGAAGAGGACCGGAUCCUGUGCCGGAGGACGACACUCCUACUCUGAGAUCUACGUGUCCGUGGCCGUGGGGUGCACCUGCGUGCCCCUGGUGGAGAAGGACAGAGACGGACAGAGGAGAGACCAGAGCCUGCAGAGGAGAGACCAGAGCCUGCAGAGGAGAGACCAGAGCCUGCAGAGGAGAGACCAG